CAUUACAAGUUGUCAUAACUCAAUAUUAAUGCAAACUGUUGUGUUAAUUGUUUUUGUUGAGCUAAAACGUUUGUUUUUAGAGUGUACAGAUGAGAAACCCUUGAUGGCAUACAAACCAGCUCCUGCAGGCUACAUCAGGGGCAAAGCAAGGUGCAAAUUGUGCAAAACGCAUUAAUAUAUAAGCUUGUGUUUUACCCCUGCAUAAAAAAAAACCUGCAGUAAAAAUUCUUCUGUUGAAAAAAGACAGUAUACCUCUGCUCCACAGCUUAUGAGUCCCUUGGGCAUCUUACAUCUUAACAAGGUCUUACCCAAGUGAAUGACAAAAGUUUACACACCUGGUGGCAAUUAUAGUCAGGCAGUGAGACCGUUACAGUGUGUGUAUGUUACUGACUCCACUGCUGGUUGGGACCCCUGCUUUUGGAUUUGGGGGGCAGUGCUAAAAUUCAAAUCUGUCUUUAACACACGCCUCGUUUCAGCUCCUCCAGUGUGCUCUGCUGAGAGGAUGAACACGAACACACACACACAGGGCGAUGUUAGAGGAGUUAUUGUAAAGGAUCUGCUCAGUGUGAGGGAAUAUGAUGUUGCUGAGUACAAAUGAUGGAUGAUCCAUACAGCCGACCAGCGCGCAGGACGCAAUGGAUAGUCAGCACUCUGGCUUACCAUUACGGACUGGACCGGGGGGUGGAAAACGAAAUUAUAGUUUUGGCAACCGGGUUGGAUCAAUACCUACAGGAGAUUUUCCAUCAUAUGGACUAUCAAGGCGGAGGCAAAAUCCCCGUGGAGGACUUUAACAUCUUGUGUGAAGUUUUGGGACUGAACAAAGACUCGGAGGACGCAGAAUGCGCCGGCGUUUUAGACCAUUUACCCAGCGAGCUCACUUUCAGGCACUUCCACGCCAAACUGUGCGGGUACUUCAGCACCAAGGCGGGGUGUCAGUACGAGAACGGCCGGCUGCUGGUCGGGAAGGACAGCGAGCACAUAGAGACUCAGAUCCGCCUGAGGAGCCCUCUGAGGCGGCGAGAGAAGCUGCUGUCUGUGGGUGGGAGCAACGGCUCCUGUGCCUCCUCGGAGGGGCGACACGCCUCCGGCUGCAGGCUCGGGUCCUGCACCAAGGAGUGCUACGAGGAGAUAGUGGCGCUGGAGGAAGCCGAGGACCGAAUAUCAAAACUGGAGGACGAGAAUGCAAGUUUGAGGGAGCUGAUCGAGGACAUGCGAGCCGCUCUGCAGAGCAGUGAUGCCCGCUGCCUGGCUCUGCAGGUAGGACUAUGGAAAAGCCACUCCAAACAUAAACCAGAGGAAGGCUGCUUUGUUGCUCACCAGAAACGGGCUGCCCAGAAAAGUACGAGCAACACCAACCUGAAAAGCAGCACCUACAGCAGCCUGAAGAGCCUGCAGAACAUCAUGCAUGAGAUAGAGCUGCUGCGGAGCUCCAGCGACCGCCAGGUAGAGGAGGCCAUGCUGUGUAAUCAGAGACUGGAGCAGGAACUGUGGAGCUCUAAAGAGACAGUGGCCGCUCUGGAGGACUGCAACCAAGCCCUGAAGAGGGAGCAGGUGGGCAUGAGGAGGAAGGUGGAGGAGGCGAGGCAGGCGCUGCUCAGCGGCCUGGGUAAGGUGAAGGAACUGGAAGCCAAGGCCAGUCAUGUGCCGGCGCUGCAGAGACACAUCCUCCAGCUGGAGUCAGAACUCCUCUACUACAGGUCGGAGGUGUCGAAACUACAACUCCCGAGCAGCACCAGGGCAGAGCAGCAGCUGAGUGUCACCAGCAGGCCAGCCCAGAGAUGUUGCUCAGACUCCCAACAUGACCGCUGUUCUCCGACAGGGCGUGCUGUGACCACCCCAGAUAAGAUGGAGGAGCAGCUGUUUCGUUCGGUAGAGGGUCAGGCAGCCUCCGACGAGGAGGAGGACAAGUGGACAGGAGACCAACAGAGGCAGGUGGACGAGGUGAAGAGGAUUCUGACCAGGCUGUCCUGCUGUGGGGAAAGAUGCGACGACAAGGCAUUCAAGAAGCUGAUGUCUAAUUUCGGGAGCUCGAGGAGCGAGGAGAGCUGCAGCGCUGUGGUGGAGCUCCUGGAGAGGGUGACCAGGUUGCAUAAGCAGCUGGAGCUGAAGGAGAGCAAGGCGGAGAUAGACAUGGACCAGAUGAAGGACUCGCUGGUGCAGGAGCUGCAGCAGAAGGCAGAGGAGACAGAGCUGCUUCAGAUGGAGCUGCAGAUGCUGGAGACGGAGAGGGUGCGCCUGUCGCUGGUGGAGGAGAAACUCGUGGACAUCCUGCAGCUCCUGCAGCAGCUCCGAGACCUGAAUGUCUCGCGGAGGUCUCUGGGGAAAAUCCUGCUCAGCACUUUGGAGUCCUGCAGCGACCCACAACACGGGAAAGCCCACAUUCUGGAGGUGCUCAACGCUCUCUACCAUGAACUGGCUGCCUGUGAGAUUCUGUCAACUGGUGGACCCCUGGAGCGAACGCAGAGUCAGCAGUCCCUCAACGCCCUCAUCAUCUCCUGCUAAUCAGGACUGCCUCCUGCUGGGCCACAGAUGCUCCAACAGCCUUUCUAGAGGAAAGCUUAAAAGAACAAGCUGAUUUAUGUGUAUAGUGUAUUAUAUUGUAGCUUAUAUACUCCUCAGACCCUGUUAUAUAAAGGGAUAUUAGUCUGGAAUGCUAAUUAGUGUAGCAAAGGGCUUUAUUAGGUAUAAAGGAUGUUUGUGUUUAUACAUGUUUUUUCCAGAUCUUUUAUUGCACAUUACUCUUUCAUCAUCCUAUAUGGAUUUUAUUUUUCCACAACAGAGUUCUGAAUGUGAAAAUGUUGAAAUAAGCUAAACCUUAAAGGGGCAUAAAGUAGUCCGUGAAAUGUAUCGACCUCCAGUGGUCAACAGGUCAAAAACUUCCCCGAUAGAAUUGAUUGACUUUAAAGGAAUCUGCUUCAUCUAAGUUUGCAUUUCAAGAUCAGAUGUAUCAUACACAGACAAGUCCAGCCUACGAGAACAGACAGUCGGUGUGUAUUGUGGGACUCUCGGGAUGCCCCAGCGUUGUUUAAAGGAACAGUGUGAAGAUUUUACUGACAUCUAGUGGUGUACAUUGCAAUGCCAUCGCCUCCACCCUCCCCUUCCAAGAUUAUUGGAGAAACCGUGGUAGCCGUGAAAUGCACGAAAGGGCCUGUCUAGAGCCAGUGUUUGGUUUGUCCCUACUGUAGAAACAUGACGGUUCAACAUGGCAGCUUCAGUAGAAGAGGACCCGCUCCCUCUGUAGAUAAAAACAGCUAAUUUUAAGGUAACGCAAACACGAUUCUUAAAUGAGGUGAUUAUACACUAAUGAUAACAUACCUAUGAAUAUUAUAUUACAAUUCUGACAAUUGAUCCUCCUAAAUGUUACACACUGGACCUUUAACGGUGCAUUCAGGUGUCAUUAACAUCAAUACUGUUGGUAAUAUUUGCAUUCAGGUACUCAUGUGCAUCAUUAUGUACUGGACCAGGAAAAAGCCCUGCAAAAUGUCUGACAAAACAAUCUCAACUAAAGGUCCACAAAUUCACUUAUUCCAAAGUUUUUGACCCUAUUGCACAGUCUUCAGCAAACAUAAGGAGUUUUUUGUAGAUGUUCAACCUUCCCCUUUAUACUGUUAUAUGCAUUUAAAGGUCCAGUGUGUAACAUUUAGGAUGAUAUAUUGUCAGAAACAGAAUGUAAUAUUCAUAGCUAUGUUUUCAUUAGUGUAUAAUCAGCUGAACAAAGGAAUUGUUGUGUUUUUUGUGUUACCUAGAAUGAGCCUUUUUGGUCUACAGAGGGAGGAAGAAUAAAACAAUGUAGCUCUUGUUGGCAACCUGAACUUGUUGUUAACAGGUUGUUGAUAAAUGCCUGUUCCAUAGAUACAGUGUAUUUACCAUUAACCUGCUACACUCAUUGUCCAGGGACUUGUCUCAGGUUACCGCUGUCAUUCACUAGUGAACUUCGUUGUUGGAAUACUGUAUUAGUUUGGGUCUCUGUAAGCCUCAACCAUGCAGGCUCAGCCAAGUAUUCAGAACCUCUAAAUGGGCUGUAUUCAUUUGUUAAAAUGGGUCAAAUAAUAUGUCAUUUUGUCUGUCCCAAGAGGGAGGCACACAUUGACUUUGGCUGAUCACAGAACAAAUGUACAAGUUAGCCUCCUCAUGCUUGUUUCUCAAUACAAUACAACAGAUUUACUUUCAAUGAAAUGCGCAUUCUGAAACACACAACAUGCUCUUAUCAGCUGGUUGUCUUGUCAUUACUGUCUUGAAAUAAGGGUCUUGGAUGCAAAGCCACUCACUGGUGUUGUUGAAUCAUUUCAUUAAAGCCUUUGACAUACGCA